CCGUGGCGCCGUGACGGUACGGUGUUGGGUUGGUCGGUUGGUACGUUGUUCCUUACCGCGUCGCGUUUCCUCAAUGGGCACCUCGUGGACCCAGUGCGCGAGAAGAUACGCGGCCGCCGAGGGCCGACAGUGACACGCCGGCGUCGCCGACGUCGCCGCGGAUCGAGGUGCCCGCCCGGUAGUUUUGCAUUUUUUUUAAAACGGAUAUUCACGUAGGAUCGUGCGAGCCCCAGGAGGCUUUUAAAUAGUCUUCUGCCGAGACGAGGGAGGUGUACGUGUGAAAUUUAAAAAAAAAAUUGCCAUCGAGUGAAGGAACACAUAGGAGAGACGACAGUUGUGAUCGAUGAUUUCUUUGGUGCUCUUUCUUGGUGUGUGCGCGUACGGUCGCUGAUAGUAGAGCACCCGAUAGCGGAUAUACGUGAUACAUAACGCACAAGGAGCGGUUAUGAGAGUUCGAUGACCACGGGCUCGCGGACCAUCGACGCUACCAUGGACUACCUGCAGACGUGCCUCAUCUUUUACCUGCUGAUCCUCUGCUUCUGCGGCGGACGUUCCAUAGACAUAUCACAAUGCAUCGCACCCCUGGGGAUGGAAUCGGGCGCGAUUCCCGACGUGGACAUCACCGCGAGCUCCAGCUUCGAUAGCGGAAACGUCGGGCCGCAUCGCGCACGGCUGAAGCAGGAGAGCCACGGAGGUGCCUGGUGUCCGAAGCAGCAGAUCACGGCGGAGCCGCGCGAGUGGCUGGAAAUCGAUCUUCACACAGUGCACACGAUCACGGCGACCGGCACUCAGGGCCGCUUCGGCAACGGCCAGGGCGUCGAGUAUUCGGAGGCGUACAUGCUGGAAUACUGGAGGCCGAAAUUGGGCAAGUGGGUCCGCUACAGGAACUUCCGUGGCGAAGAGGUUAUCGCGGGGAACAAGAAUACCUACCUGGAGUCGAAGCACGACCUGGAGCCAUCAAUAUGGGCGAGCAAAAUUCGCUUCCUACCCUACAGCUACCACCGUCGCACCGUUUGCAUGCGCGUCGAGCUCUACGGCUGCCCCUGGAACGACGGCAUCGUCUCCUACUCGAUGCCUCAAGGUGACAAGCGCAACAAUUGGGAAUUCUUCGACGCGACGUACGACGGUCAUUGGGACGGACAACUUGUUCGCGGUUUGGGACAACUGACAGACGGCAAGAUCGGGCCGGACUCCAUUAAAAUGAGUUUCUUUGACAACUACGACAGAAUGACGGGGGGGUGGGUCGGCUGGAAGAACGACACGAGGUCCGGGCAUCCGCUCGACGUCAAAUUCGAAUUCGACCACGUCAGAGAGUUCUCGGCGAUUCACAUCUUCUGCAACAACCAAUUCACCAAGGACAUACAGAUAUUCUCCGAAGUCAGCAUCAUGUUCAGCAUCGGCGGCAGGUACUACACGGGUGAUCCCAUCGUGUAUUCCUACAUGGAGGACAAAAUCUUCGAGCAAGCGAGAAAUAUCUCAAUCAAGCUACACCACCGGAUCGGCAAGUUCGUCAAAUUGAGAUUCAGCUUCGCCUCGCGAUGGAUCAUGAUCAGCGAAGUCACCUUUGACUCCGACAUCGCUCACGGUAACUUCACCCCAGAAACGCCGUCCACGACCGAGGCCCCGCGAUUGCGGGACAAAACUUUGACUCGCGACAAUCCGCUGCAAGCCGAAGUUCCGGUAGCUAAGCAGGACGAUCCGACUUACAUGGCUGUGAUCAUUGGCGUCUUGACCGUCGUAAUUCUGCUACUGGCGGUCGCCAUAUUCCUAAUAGUCACGCGUCACAGACAGCGGAAGAACUUUGCCAGCCCUCUGGGCGCCAAGAGCGCGAUUCCGACGGGCAAUCAUCAGCAUCUGUCGCCGGAAUCCGCGUACGGCACCACGGAGAAGGAUCCCUCCCUGAUGACCUACCGGGUCGAGGAACUCGACGACCGGUACGCCGGCACGAAGCUCACGACCCUGCCGCGCGAUCUCAAUGAUCGUCUUUUGGGCGAUGUCAGGCUUGACGAGUACCAGGAACCCUUCCACGAGAACAAGUAUCGGGAAUCUCCUCAUGCGGCGUACUACGGAUACAGCACGGUUGUUGUAGACAACAAGGAUCUCCACGACAACGUCGAGCAGUCUGGGCGUUUUACUCGCAGGGCAGUGAAAAAGAAUAUUUUUUGCUGCACAGAUGCCACGUACGAUUAUGCAGUACCAAUGCCCGUGCCUAGCGUAAGCAGCGAUCAAGAUAGCGUAUUCUCGAAAUCGUCCUCCAGAGGUAGCGCAAAGGCGUGCUUGCAGAGCUUUUUUCCGCCGCCUCCGCCCCCGAUGAGCGCACCACCUCUUCGAGGCUCCAACAACUUGACGUACUCGAAUCCACCGAGUCCGGAACCAGUUUGCGAGCGUGAGCGUAGAAGUAGUAAGCGCCGCGAGCACUCCUUGCACAGAUACGCGUAAGGAUCUCUUGCAGCCUGCAGGAUAUUCACGGGAGGCGAAAGGACCGAAGGUACGAUGGAUUCUUCGUUACUGCGAGCAACGAGAUCGCGUGAUCGAGUCUGCCCCGCGGCACUGGUUUGCCUUCCGAGAAUUCUGUUCCAUUUCACAUUCCAACAAGUAUAAUUUCCCCAACUUUUGCAUUCAAAAUUUAUAUUUAAAUAAUAAUAUUCCUGCCUAAUUAUGUCGCGGUAGUAAAAAAACACACCGCUUUCCAUUGUUCUGGUUUCAUAUUUUCGUCGCAAUCCCGUUUUAUUUAGCGCUUUUGUUUAAUGGCAACUUUGACUAUUCAUGAGUACUAUUAUCAACUUCGUAUUCAAAUUAAAUUGUCGUCUCUUGACGCGUCUCCUUUCUUCUCUUUGUAAGAAAAUUUUGAUAGAAUUAAAUUAUUCACGCACGUUCCACACGCUUUGGCCCGUGUGAGCGUUUUACAAUAUUUAUACGCGUCGGAAGGAAGGGACGCGAGCGUGGAGCGGAGUAAAAUAACUCCAGUGCCACGAGGGUACCUCGCGAGAACGCGCGCGUUGUUAAUCCCGGGGUAAAGACCGGUGGCAAAAGUAACACGUUGUACAUUUCGAAGCGAAACGCUGUGAGCGACCGCGCGGCGAAAGGGGUCGUAAUCCCGCUUGUUACAACGACGAUAUUUUUUCCCCCCGAGUUUAGCGCAUUGCGAGAAAAACAGAGAAAACGACGGCGAUCGCGGCGCGGUCGCGUCCGUCGCGAGAGACAGAGCCCUCUUCUCGACGAGCACUGCCAUCGACGAAUUACGAAUUCUCGUAAGCGUAUCGUAGGCGCGAUCUCACGCACGAUCCUUCAGGGGGAUUCGACCUACGAUUUCUAUGGAUUAAGCAUAAGGGCCCGAGCAGGAAGACUGUCGUAACCAUUUACGACGUACUUAAGUCGGUGGCGGAAGCAGAAAGAUUGUCGUAAUUGUUUACGAUUCCGUCGUAAGACUUAAGUCGGUGUCGGAACACGCAAAGAAUUGCCGUAGACGGUGGUUGCCAUCCAUCGCGUCGAUUGCAUCGCGAGGCGCUAUACGUCUACGACAAUUCUUUGUGCGUCGACUUCCGACUUAAGUCUUACAACGGAAUCAUAAACGCUUACGACAAUUUUUCUGCUUCCGACAUUGACUUAAGUGCGUUGUAAACGGUUACGACAAUCGUACAACAAUCUUUGUGCGUUGAUUUCCGACGCUGACUUAAGUCUUACGACGGAGUCGUAAACGGUUACGACAAUCUUACGACAAUUUUUUGUGCGUCGACUUUCGACGCCGACUGAGUCGUAAACGAUUACGACAAUCUUUCUGCUUCCGACAUCGACUUAAGUCUUACGUCGUAAACGGUUACGACAAUCUUACGGCAAUUCCUUGUGCGUUGAUUUCUGACGCCAACUUAAGUUUUACGAUGGAAUUGUAAACGGUUACGACAAUCUUUCUGUUUCCGUCACCGACUUUAAGUCUUACAUCGUCGUUACGACAAACGAGGAAUUUUCUGCUCAGGCCCUAAUCUCGUAAUCCGAAGCUGUAUUCAAUUGGCAUAUCAGUUUCUAUGGUAAAGCGACCUCGUGCGAACGACUCUUCCCGGUGAGAUUCGCUCGCGAGACCUCCGUGGAAAAUUGACGAAGGUCGCGAAUGUCCUGACGUUUUUCAACGUCCGCGGGAUUUUCGAAUCGCUCAUCGGGGCGUCGAUUCUCAGAAUCCAUCUCGCGCAUCGGCGUUUCGCACUGCCAAGUCUUCUCAUACGUUCGAAGUGGAGUUUCGCGAACGAGACGUAACUCGCGACGUUGCGAAAUGCCACUUUCGUCCGUCAAUCUCUCCGAGCGGCAACGGGCGGGACGACGUGCGGCCCGCCACGGGGAACAUAUACACGCACGUCAACGCGGACGAAUUUCCAAGGAAGAGUCGCGCUAAUGAUUUGGUCUGUUCGGCGCGCAUGUGCAACAAGAUCGAGCUCGCUAUCGAUCCGGGAGGAGAACGCGCCGGUGACCGGGGAGGGAAAAAACGACCGGGGCGGAUGAGAUAUUUAUCCGAUGGCGCGAUCGUUACGUCGGGUCGAAGAGAUAAUUAAUUACUGGCUUGAUGGAAUAAGCGAGCGUUUCAAUUAUUCGCGCGCACGAACGAACGUCAGGCGACGCAACGCGACGCGACGCGACGCUUGACGUCGGAGAGAAAAAAGCCGCGAUGAGAUCGGCGUAACGAUAUUUAAAGGAGCGAACGAUAGCGAGCUUCGAUUCCCCGCCUCACACAAGACUGACGUCACAUAAAUAAUUCAGUAACCCGAUCUGCGCCGUGCCCGCGCGCACGUCGUAUUAUUUAUUGUCCCGUGACGAAUUUUUAAUUUAUAUAUACAUAUAUAUACAUACGAAAAAAUGAAAAUAUAUAUAGAUAUAUAUAUAUAUAUACAAAAAAGGUAAUACGUAUUAUCGUACGACGACGAAUUUUAAGCAUAUAAUAGAUUGUAUAAGCCCAACUUUAUUUCUCUAUCUCUACCAACAUCGCCUUCAUGCAACGAGGAGAAUCGAGAAUUACCAGCGUUAAGGAACCGACAAUACAGGGAUGAGACAACAAUAACUAUGUACAUGUGUACGUAAUCGAGCAAAGGAGGAGGAAAAAAGAGCACGUGUAGAAAGAUUCGAGAUAUCGGGUGCGCAAGGAUGUGAGAGACCCUCGACCACAUUGUGAUAUAUAAUGAAAAAGAGCCCGGCUCUCUCUCGCGAGUAACAUAUAUAUAUAUAGGCACGUUAUAUGCUUAAGCGUGCCCUGCGCGGUGGAGCUCUCCCUUGAAUUUCGCCCUGAAAGAGCAGCCGUAAAGUGCGGGCGACUCUCUUUCUCGCGCCUAGGAACGGCGACGGCGAUGUUGCGCGCACCUGUGUGUGCGCGGCGCGAAAUUUAUUACCGGUUUAAAUAUCUGACGUGGAACGUGGCAUGAAAUUUAAGGCUCGUUCGGCGCUUUUACCGCGAGAGCCGUUCGAAUAGCGCUCCCCCCCGUACGAUUAUUUGGUCGUCCAUUGACCGCCGCACUCUCCUCGAUUACCGAUCGUAAUCUAUUAAGCUCAAUUUUUCUCUCAUUUCGUCGGACCCCCGGCUCUCGCUCUCGCGAUCGCACGUCGGAUACCGCGACGCGCUAAUUGACAUUCCGCUAUUUUUGUCGGGACAACCGGACGAGCGAUAUUCGCGCGCGUAUCGGUUUUCCGAUUAAGCGACUGAGACAGUUCGGCUCGUCGAGGAGAAAUUUAAUCGACCGUCCCCCCCGCGCAGGUCGCGCCCUUUCGCGGCAAGAGCGGCGCGUAGCGUCUACAACGAUUGGAGAACAUUGCUAUGUAUAUUUAGUGUUUAAUCGAUAUCGUCGCCACGUAGGAUGUUAGGGAAUUUUAAGAGAAAACUAACAGUGACAGCUUCGAACGCUUCUCGAGUGUAAAUAUUAACCGUUAGGGACCUCGUACCAUAUACACACACUUUCUUCAAGCGCCUUAAGUUGGGGGGGGGGGCACCAAGCAAAUAAUUUCGUCGCAAUAAUAAUCGUCGUCUUUUAGGGGCGGGAAAGAUAUCACGUACAGGCGGUUAUCGUUAUCGUAAUAGGGCAACGGCGGACCGACGACAGGAGCGGCCCGGCGUCGCCCUCAAUGUCCACGCGAGCGCGAUCUUCGAUUUCGCCGCUUUUAAGGCCGAGAUCGGCGUGGUCGUGCUCGCUGAGUUUCCUCCUCGUCGACGGCUACUCGAUAAUUUUCUCGCUCAGCGGCACCGUGAUCGAUUCGCCGAGCUAUCGUUACCACGGCGCGGAAAAUUCGAGUACCUCGAAGCCCUCUCUCGUACUUCCAGCCGCUGACAAGUCCGCUCCUGGCAAUAAUCGUCAAUUUGUCUCAAGCGAACGUGAACGCGCGACGCACGUCGAGCAGACGAGGCUAGAUCGGUAAAUAUCGGUAGCGGCGAGGGAAAGGUGGCGAGAUAGCGGAAAGUUAAUUUGUGUAAAAAGAAGUUGCGCGAGUUAAGGGAGAUCUUCUCUCCGGCGGAGGAAACGAUAAGGAUGACGAGGGAAGACACUUUCGUAUCUGCUCACGGUGUACUACUUCGUUGGGGGGAUAUCUUGUGUGUCUCUUUUAUAUAAUACUUGCGUGAAACCGCACAAGCUGCCGACAGUGCCGGUUAAUAUCCUUCUGUCACGUCGCGAUCGUUUCCUAGAGUCAUCUGUAAUUUCGUCGCCAUCUUUUCACAACCUUUUCACAGUUUUAUACUUUUAUACGGCGUUCUUCACUUUUGUGCGUGUCAAUAUCACUGUGAUACGUUUACCGAAACUCCUUACUUUCUUAACCCUUUGCGUCCUUUCGCUGUGAAACCACCACGAUGUGUUCUUUCAAUUUUCUCAUCGCUAUUUUGAGUUUGUUGCGAUCGUAACUGAAUACUCGCGUGGUUUUUAAAAAUAUUAAGUACAGCAAUUAAUAUCAUGUUACUCUUUUAAAAUUAUUUUUCGUAUAAUUGACGGGCAUUUGUAUGCGUGAUAAAUGUUUGUCUUUUUGAGAAACACAUUUCUUCUCACACUGGGCCGCAAAGGGUUAAGUAAAUCACUCUGAGCGAAAAGGAAGUUUUCACUCUAGAGUCUAUUGCUCUCUAAUAUAAAACAACCGGCCAGCGAAAGCGGCGACUGUUAAAGACAAUGCGCGCGGAUUAUCCGGGCCCUCGAGUACCACCAACAUACAAAGACCCCUCGAGGACGUAAAUAAUGGCGUCCAGUGCCGACCGGCCAAUCCGUUAGAACUAGUUCGAGCAGAACCGGAUGCCAUUAUCUACCUCCUAGGAGUCAAAUUGGACAUGGUCAUAAUUUCGAGUUAUUCUCGUCAGCGACGAGAAACGUUAAUAAUCCUGGGGCGUAAAGGGGAUUCAUUCUCGCGGAUCGCGCCGCAUGUUACACAGCUAAUUCUUAUCGCCGCUCUCGCAGUACCGGGAACGGAGAUAGCACUGUCUUGGCACCGUGCGGGUUCCUUGCCCCCCCUGGUAUACGUAUUCCUACGUCAGUCGUAAGUUUUCGUCCGGCCGCCGCCGUGUCGAGGGCGAUACAACGAUACGCGGUACGGCUCGUCGAUAUAACCGAGAUACGACACGAUCGGUUCUGCAUCGGUACGUACAGUGUGCACGGGGGACACGCGGCGCGACCGGGGAAAAGUCUCGGGCAUAAAUCACGCAUGCAGCCCUUUUUCUAUCUGACAUGAGAAAUGCGGGAAGAAGCUCCGACGGUUGAACCGACGACACGCGGUCCGACGGAGUUCGCGGGGGACGGAAAGGGGGAGGAAACUGAGGCCCAUCUUUUAUACGUACGACACGUAAGUGCGUGCAUACGACUCUACGACGGAGCGUAAGAAGAAAAAGAAAUGGACCGACCUCCUCGGAGGUCGCUUGAUCGAUCGACCUUCGGAGCUGCAUAUUAUGCUCGCGGGCACAUCGCAAUCAAUACCGUUUACGAAUCGCGCCGGGAGAAACUGCUCAAAAAUUUACAUUAUUAGGAUUAAACACACGAGUUUCAUGAAAUAAAACGGUCUUUCCCAAGUAAGCGCUUAAAUGUUGCAGUGUGCAAGUCUGAUUUCACAUUACUUACUGAAGAGGGUCAUAUUUAAUGACCGAAACGUCUGAACUUGAAACUUUUUAUACGUUUUAAUUUAUUGUUUUACUAUCAUUGACUUUCUUAUUUUUAAGUAUUUGAUACCGUCGAACAUUCAGUGGCCGGCUCUCAUUGCCUUAACCCUUUGAAGCAUGGUGGUAACCCACGGUUACCACCUCGACUUCUUCACUUUUUGGCCAUAAUAAUUACAUGCCUCGGUGGUCGAAUUGGUUGAGACGCCCGCCUAGAGUGUAGGGAAGUCGUGGUUC